AUGGCGCUCGACAACUACUACCGCAAUAAGAUCGAGAGCAUGAAGCUCGAAAUCAUUCAGGGCCAGGCGGUCCUUCGAAGACUUGAAGCACAGCGCAAUGACUACAACUCCCGGGUCCGCUUACUGCGAGAGGAACUGGGGCUGCUCCAACAACCUGGCUCGUACGUUGGUGAGGUGGUGAAGGUUAUGAGCACCAAGAAAGUCCUCGUAAAGGUACAUCCAGAGGGGAAAUAUGUGGUCGACAUUGCGGAGGGCGUGGACAUCAGCAAGCUCACUGUGGGCAAGCGCGUUUCAUUACUCUCCGAUUCCUACAAGCUGGAAAAGAUGCUACCGUCCUCCGUUGAUCCGCUCGUGUCACUCAUGAUGGUCGAGAAGGUUCCCGACAGUACGUACGACAUGAUUGGUGGUCUAGAUCAGCAGAUCAAGGAAAUCAAGGAAGUUAUCGAGCUGGGUCUGAAGCACCCCGAACUGUUUGAAUCGCUCGGUAUUGCACAGCCCAAGGGGGUCCUUCUUUAUGGUCCCCCCGGAACGGGUAAGACGCUUCUUGCCCGAGCCGUCGCCCAUCACACAGACUGUCGGUUUAUCCGAGUGAGUGGAUCGGAGCUUGUGCAGAAAUACAUUGGCGAAGGUAGUCGUAUGGUUCGUGAGUUGUUCGUGAUGGCUCGAGAGCAUGCUCCUAGUAUUAUUUUCAUGGACGAGAUCGACAGUAUUGGUUCUAGCCGGAUAGACUCCGCGGGCUCGGGCGAUUCGGAGGUGCAGCGAACCAUGCUUGAGCUUCUCAACCAGUUGGACGGUUUCGAGCCGACAAAAAACAUCAAAAUUAUCAUGGCUACCAACCGUCUGGAUAUUUUGGACCCGGCCCUGUUGCGUCCCGGACGAAUUGACAGGAAGAUCGAAUUCCCACCACCAUCUGUGGAGGCUCGUGCGGAUAUUCUACGGAUUCACUCCCGAUCGAUGAACCUCACCCGGGGGAUCAACCUCACGAAGAUUGCGGAAAAGAUGAAUGGAUGCUCUGGGGCGGAACUCAAGGGAGUGUGCACGGAGGCGGGAAUGUACGCGCUCCGAGAACGGCGAGUGCACGUUACCCAGGAGGAUUUCGACCUGGCGACGGCCAAGAUCCUCAACAAGCAUGAUGACAAGGAGGUUGCGGUCUCGAAGCUUUUCAAGUAG